AUGGCUAGUAAUAUAAAAUUAUCAACAGUUCCGGCUGAAGACAGCAACACAACAGCUGAUGAUACUGCCGAUGUUGAAGAAUCAAAUGAUAAGGAAAAGAAACGAAAGAAAAUGCAAGGUUUUGUUAAAAUUUUUGUACGAGGUCAUUUAUUUGAAAUGGCGAGAACAACAAUAAUGCGUUCAAAAUUUUUAUGGCAAUUAAUCAACGAUGAACCAAAUUCAGAAGAUGGAUUUUACCAUAUUGAUCGUGAUCCAAAAAAAUUCGAAUGUUUAAUGAAUUAUUUAGUAGAAAAUCAUGUAUCAGAUAUUUUACCAUGCAGUGUUCGAGAUUUAUAUAAUGAAGCAUUAUUCUAUAACAUUGAUUUACCUGAUGAUGAUUGUUAUGGAACAACAUUAUCGUACAUUUUGAAGAAUAUAAAUACGUAUGAUAUUCGUGGUAAAUUGAAAUCCUUUGCCGAUGGAAAUGGUAUUUUUGGUUGGGUCGAGUGGAGACAACGUAUUUCACUUUAUAUUGAAUUUCAUUGUCAUCGAACAAUCGAUUUAAAUAUUGUUAGGAAAUAUAUGCUUGAUCAACAUUCAAAACAAAUAUUUAUGAUACAAUCAAACAAUCAAAUGGAUACAAGACAUCCACCUCUUACUGUGUUUGAAUGUCCAAAAACACAUCGUCCAAAUAAAAGCUCAAAAACUCCUCCUGAAACUGCAUCGUCUUCACCUUCUUCAAGUGAAUCGUGUCCAGAAUCAGCCAAAGAUUUAAUAAAACAAUUAACAGUUGAACAUGUUAAAACAUGGCUCCAACAAACAAGAUUUCAUCAUUUAGCUGAAACAUGGUUUGCAUACAACGUCAAUGGUAAAGAAUUGCUUGAGAUAAGUAAGACUGGACAUUUGACAAAUGGUACAUUUAUGUUAUCUGAAUAUGAAUUAGUACAGUUCAAAGAUAUUUUAAAUCGUUUUGGUUUUGAACUAGAACUUGAAUAA